UCUCCCCCCGCCCCUCAUCUCCAGUCAGGGCAACAACGUUUCCCCUGGAAUCCUCGCGGCAAAAACUUCACCGACUCUCUGCACUUCAGAGCACCGACAUGGAUGCGCUCAGGUCGGCUGGGAGAGCCAUUAUCCGGAGCCCGAGCAAGGCGAAGCAGUCGUGGACCUCCGGCAGACACAGAAAGCUGCCAGAGAACUGGACAGACACCCGGGAGACCAUUUUAGAGGGGAUGACCUUUAACCUCUGCCACCUAGGCAUGACACUUGUGGAUCAACCCAAGGGAGAGGAACUGUCGGCGGCUGCUGUGAAGAGGAUCGUUGCUACGGCAAAAGCCAGUGGGAAGAAGCCCCAGAAGGUUGGCCUGAAGGUUUCCCCUCAAGGCAUCGUGGUGCUGGACAGGUCUACCAAUAAACUCCUGGAAAGCGUCUCUAUAUACAGGAUAUCCUACUGUACGGUGGACAAGCUGCAUGACAAAGUGUUCGCUUACAUCGCUCAGAACACCCUCAAUGGGACGCUGGAGUGUCACGCUUACCUCUGCUCCAAAAGAAAAGUGGCACAGGCAGUAGCCCUGACAGUCGCCCAGGCCUUCACAGUAGCCUUUGAGCUCUGGCAGGUGGCGAAGGAAGAGAAAGGUACGAGAGUUAAGUCUGGUUCUGCGGGAGAGGGCAGCAGCAGUUCCCACUCAGAAAGGUCCAACAGUCUGGGGAGUCUGAAAGGAACAGAUGCAGCCACAGAAAUCCUUUUGGACUUGGAGGACGGUGUGAAGGUGUUGGUGGAGAGUAGUGGGAAUACAGGCGGCGAUCAGCUGGAUAAACACAGGCCCUCGGAGACCAACAACAGUCCUGCCUCGGAAAUGGAAGACAGUUUGGAUGAAGCCUUUUCCAGCUGUGCUCUGGAUAGCUAUGGUUCAUUUCCAGACUGGCAGCAUCGCGUACUAACCCCCAGGUCUUGGACAUUGGGGUGAUGCCCCAAGACUGGCUCACCAAACCUGACUGGGACAGCACUGACAGAAACACUCACCACUGUUUCAGCGCACACAAGGACGAUCCCUUUGGUUUCUGAUAUCUCAGCACAGCAGCGAAGGAGGGGCAGAAACUUUCCUUACUUUAUCGUAAUGCAAGAUUUACCAAGAGGCGACAGUGAGAGCACAAGGGAACAAGCAUGAUCCUCGCUUAUGCACUUUUCCCAUGCGCGGUUCUUCCUUCGUCGUGCUCAGUCUGCUGCAUCUGUGCACCAAAGCGAUAUUAACACUACGUCUUUGUGCAUAAUCGUUAUAUGACGCAGCAUUUGUUCACCUAAUCAGUAUUCCCGGCCGCAGAAGUAAUUUGUAUGUGCUUUGGUUACAUUGUGUAGUUACGGAGUUUUUGUUAAAUGCAUAAAGUAGGAAAGUUUAACCUGAAAAUCACACGACAAACCUUAAUGCCAGCAAGGUAAUUACUGUUUUCAGUUGUUAUUCACUUCCUUCAUGGAUUUAUUGUGUAGUUUUGGCCUUCCUUUGCCAACAUAUAUUCUUCUGUGUAUAAUCUGAAAUUUUAUUCUAUUUAUUUAUGUACUUUGCAUAUUGUAGUAUGCCUAUAUUUCUCACUGAUGCAAUGAAAAUUCAUGUUGAAUGACCGUCUUAAUGACAUUUUUUUUAAUCAACCAGCUUUGUACAGGAAUAAAAUGUAUUAAUUAAACGCACAAGGCCUUUUCACAUUCUUUGACUGUUAACAUAAAUUUUAAAGUUAUUUGUAUUUACCCAAGAAACUUGUUUCUAAUUGGAAAGAUGAGAAUGAACUGAGGGGGAGUGUUCUUAGAAGAAGAAAAACAUUUUGUUUUACUUACAUUUUAAGAAACAAUUCCAAGUUGAAAAUCCUUCAUGCUUUUCUCAAUAGUCACCUGGCGGUCUUUAACGGCAUUAAGGUAAUCAAAUGUAAAU